AUGGGGAGAAGGAAAAUCGAGAUUAAAAAGAUUGAAUCCAAGGACCGUUUGAUGGUGACUUUCAGCAAACGGCGAGCUGGAUUGUUCAAGAAAGCCCAGCAACUUUCACAACUGUCCGGGGCAACUGUUGCUGUCCUUGUCUUCUCACCCGCUGGGAAGCCUUUCACCUUCUCUUCUGGUGGAAACUUUGAUGAGACGAUUGCUUCUUUUCAGGGAGGUCAAGUCCCAGAAUCCACAUCCCAACCUCUGUGGUGGGAAACAGAUUUGAGCUCCCAACCCACCGGGAACCCUUUCACCUCCUCUUCUGGUGGAAACUUUGAUGAGACGUCUGAUUCUUUUCUCGGAGAUCAAGUCCCAGAAUUCACAUCCCAACCUCUGUGGUGGGAAACAGAUUUGAGCUCCCAACCCACCGGGAACCCUUUCACCUCCUCUUCUGGUGGAAACUUUGAUGAGACGAUUGCUUCUUUUCAGGGAGGUCAAGUCCCAGAAUCCACAUCCCAACCUCUGUGGUGGGAAACAGAUUUGAGCUCCCAACCCACCGGGAACCCUUUCACCACCUCUUCUGGUGGAAACUUUGAUGAGACGAUUGCUUCUUUUCAGGGAGGUCAAGUCCCAGAAUCCACAUCGCAACCUCUAUGGUGGGAAACAGAUUUGAGCUCCCAACCCACCGGGAACCCUUUCACCUCCUCUUCUGGUGGAAACUUUGAUGAGACGAUUGCUUCUUUUCAGGGAGGUCAAGUCCCAGAAUCAAAAUCCCAACCUCUGUGGUGGGAAGCAGAUUUGAGCCGCAUUGCUGAUCUGGAUCAACUCCAAGCAUACAAGGAGUCAUUGCUGAAGCUUAGAGAAAAUGUUUUGGAAAGAAUCCAGCAACUACAACACCCGGAAAUGUAA